GAAGCCAAGCUACAUGGCUGGGGGCAUACAGAAGCUGCAAGCUGGAUGGAAGGCCAAGGAGGAGUCAGCCAUGUGCAACCUCUGUCAGAAUCCAUACAAGAUUCCUGUGUGCGGCAUCUGGGCGCCGGCGCUGCUUCGAGGUGGAAAACUCUGGGUGCUAUGUCCAGGUCCACCAGAGAAUGAUGCAGUGGAAGAAAGGUGGCUUCUCCCCGAUGAGCACCUCAUCAUCAUGGGGAUCCCACAAUAUGCUGCUCUCUGUGGAACCCAUGACCGUCACCCCCACAUCGGAGUUCAGCUGGCAGCAGGAGCAAAGCGAAGCCUGGCCGGAAAC